GCAAGUAGUCGACCGUCCCAAAGACAGACAGGGUGGUGCAAGUGUUUUGUGAAAAACGGGUAAAAUACCAAGAAUUAUGCUGUUCUCAAUCAAGCAGGCACUUUGGGUGGUUUUGGCGCUUCUCUAUGCGGCUCAAGUUAUCAACUCAGCUCCUUGCGGAGAGACGUUAGUUACACCAAGAAAAGUUGUGGAAGGAGUUUCCAGAUCCGGGUGGUUAUUGGUGCAAGAAAAUUCAGGGGAGGAUUUUAGGAAAAGCUUAAGUAUUCUGCCUCGCCAGAGGAGAAGCACUGGUCACAGAAAAUCCCAUCACUGUAAUUGGACUGACGAGCUUGACGAGAAUGUAAAUAGAAAGCCCAGGUUUUUAUACAAAGCAGUAUGUAAAGGUUGCAUUUCGUCUUGCAAGCCAGUGGAGUUCGAUCAUCGUGUACUUGUAAAAGAUUGUAACGCCGGUCUAAGAACUCGCAGAGAAAGAAUGGACGUCUGGAAGUGGGAGAAAGUUACUCUGCCGGUGGCGUUUGUGUACAAUCCUUAAAUAACUUCUCUUGAGUAAAAAUCAUGUCCCGUGCCCGGCUGCAUGCUCUAAGAUAUGGCACCGGCGGAAAGUCACGUGAACGUCAUCGUGACGUUGGGUAUAUCAAGGCAAAAGAUUUGGACGAAUUUGCAAAGUACCUAAAACAGAAAGAGAAGAAAACGAAAUUAAAACCACUGAAAUAAGAGGAAAGAGAAGGCGAAGGACAAAUAAUAAAUAAAAUGCAAGGAGGAACAAGAAGAAGAAACGUGUCAACUUCGGAAGUAGUUCGUAAGGAAAGCUUUUGUUAAGCCACGUUUUUUAAUUCAAUAUGAUUUGAAUGUUGUAGAUAUUUUCUUCUAUCAUAAAUUGGCCAAAUCAAGAAUUUUUAAUGAGUAGUAUCAGACUGAAUGAAGUCACCUAAUUCUUAAUUUGAAUAUUCUUGGUGGUUGCAGAAAAUGUUUUUAUCAUAUUUUGAUUAUUUAUAAUCCCUCGUAUAACGUGAAAAUAGCUAGUAGAGCCGUCAUUAGGAUUGUUGAAUGAUGUGGAAUAGAAUUAUACAGAUUCUGUGCGAAGCAUGGAAAAAAAAAGGUUGACUCAGCGAGUUAUAAAUAUGUUUUCUCCAAGUUGAGAACACUCAGCAUAAAAAUAUUUAUUUUUAGUUUUAAUCUCUCUACUAUCAACUCAAUUAGAAAUAUCAUCAUCAGUAACUUCAUUUUUAUGACUGUUAUAAUAAACCAAGCGUAGGCGUAAUUCCAACUCGUUUACUGUAUAUCUAAUGUGUAAUCGCUUCUUUAUAUAUAGGUAAUAUAGGAAUCACUAAUUUAAUCAAUCAACUGUCACUGUACAAACAAAACGAAAUAUCUGGUUUCACAGGUAAAGAAAUUGUUCUCGCAUGGGACCAUGGGGGCGUCUCCAUGUUUCCGACAACUGUAUCUGUCACUUUUUCAAGAACACGAUUUCUAAAUAAUCAUUUCAUUUAUGUUCUAUUGUAAUAGAACAAAAGCCGCAAAG